AUGGCGCGCACUCGUGGAACUGGCAAGAAGAACUCUGGCAAAGGCACCAUGCCGCCACCACCUCCUCCAGCACCCACUCAAACGCCCAUCGUCCCUACUCGCUGCAGCGAGUGUUUGCGCGGACACCGCCAUUGCAACCGACAGCGCCCAUGCGGACGGUGCAUUCAGGUCGGACGUCCACAGGACUGCGUCGACCAAGGCGUCCCUCUUCCCUCUGCCGGUGCUCCUGCCACCGCUCCGACUGCAACCGCUUCGGCAACGACCAGGACCGCCCCUGCCACCAUCGGCACAAACAGCACGACAACUGGACAGCCUACCACCGGUGUUCAGUACCACCCAUUCGACACGGACAACCCAGGUCUCAUGGGUCUUCCCAUUCGUGAAGGCGGUGCCCUCACCGGAACUGGUGUUCGAGUUCAGUCCAGUGGACUUCAACUACUCUCCGCUCAUUCCAACUCAAACGUAUCGUGGCCUACGAUCAAAAUGGACCGUCUCAAAGAGACUAGCAGGAAGAAGCAAAACCUCAGCCUCCACAAGCCCUACAACCCGGACCUCCCUGAAACAGAGAAAGAGUUCGACCCACCACCACCGCCGCCAAAGAAGCCGCCAACGGACAAUACCCUUGGGAGGAGAGUCAAGCGAUGCAGCGAAUGCGCAAGUGCUUCGUUUGCAAUGUUGUUUGGCACUUUGCCCGUGGAUGUUUCCCGACGGCAUUGCUCCACUAUCGAGUUCUCGGAGCACGUCUCUGUGGAGUUGGAGUUUGAAGAGCGCCUCUCAACAAUGGCGCGAAGCUGGCACACCGGCAGAAAGAAGAGCGACGUCAGCCUCUUCAAAGAUGGCAAGCUGAAGAACCGCAACAAGCACAAGAAGUCUCCGCCGCCACCACCACCUCCGCCAAAGAAGAAGGCCGUCCCGGUGAAGAAAGGCCCUCGUUGCAGCGAGUGUCUGAGAGGUCAUCGCUACUGCGACGGUGCGCGUCCAUGCGGACGAUGCAUACAUGUCGGUCGACCUGAAGAUUGUGUCGAUCAGGGCGUUCCUCUCCCCUCUGCCGGUUCGAACUCGACGAACAACGCGUCCGGCUCUGGCAAUACUGGCGCAGGUAACACUGGCGGAGGUACCACGGGCGCAGGCAACACUGGCGCGGCCAACAGUUCUGGCUCGUAG